AUAUUCCUACCUUAUCAUGUAGAAUGAUAGAACGAGUCGACGAAUGGCACUCCAGGUGCCUGAUGAAGUUUUAUGACAAUGGAUUUGAAGGAUGAUUCGGACCUGCAACUCAUGCGGGCAUCGCCGCAGCUUCUAACUGAUUUUCGCUUACAGUUGCAAAAAGCCCUUGGCGCAAAACAAUACAUCCGUGACUCGAGGGUAUCUCGCCUCAUAUCACUGAUUGACCCGUUUCAAGAAGAUCCGCAGCUCCUCGAUAGGCAUCUUCCCCAAAUUGUCCCAGAUCUGGUCAACAGAUUCCUUGAAUGUGUCCAAUAUGGCCAUAUCAAGAGCAAAUCCGGGGCUUGUACCGUGCAAAAUACCGUAGCACAACUGCUGUAUUACCUCUGCAAAAUCCGCGGGGAGAAGGUCAUCGUCAGCUUCUUCAACAAUGAGCCUCAAUAUCUUGAACCUAUGCUGGGGGCAUUGGAGGCUUGCCGAAACAACCCCUCAGCGACAUGGCAUGAGCGGUAUAUCCUCCUUCUCUGGCUUUCACACCUGAUGCUCGCUCCCUUCGAUCUUUCAUCUAUUUCCUCAGACGAUCCUACAAUUCAUUUUGAGCCUGUGGAUUUCGAGCUUCCACAAGAACUGCCAAGCAUCACCCGACGUAUUAUCCCUCUUUGUGUCAAGUACCUUCGAAGUCCCACCAAGGAGAGCGGAGCGUCGGCCAGACUCUUGUCAAGAAUUUGCCUACGGCCGGACAUGCGCAAGGCCGGUCUCCUUGAUGCUGUAGUGACUUGGGCAGUCGGGUUCUUCGGGGCCGAUCGAGCUCAAGAAGCACACAAGGAACAUGAUGUCCAUGCGUGCUUAGGGAUGCUUACCUUUAUCUCCCGUCUUAUCGCUUCCGGUACCGUCCAAGAGAUUGGUAUCCAGAUAUCAAGGCUUUUUUCUGUUUGUCAGGCAAUCCUGGAUUCUCAAUCACUCAAAUUUUUGAGCUCUCUGGCAAUUACCCGAAAACUUAUUGUGAAGACUUUUCGUAUCAUCGUUUUACACUGCCUUCGAGCAGAGGAUAGCUUAACUGGCCUUGAUGUCACAGCUACUCUUGAGGAUGUCAUUGGAUUCCUGCUUGAGGCGUUGUCAGACGGCGACGCGCCUGUCCGCUUUGCAUCAAGCAAAGCUAUAAGCGUCAUCACCUUUAGCCUGGACCAAGACAUGGCCGUUGAGUUAAUUGAGGCAGUGAUUGGAGGCUUUGAAGACAAUGUCCUAUGGGAGGGACACAAGCGCAGCGUUACCGCUGUCAAUUCUCUCCGGUGGCAUGGUCUCACGCUGACCCUCUCUCAUCUUCUAUACAAGCGUGCUCCCCCACCUACUCAGCUCCCUGACGUUCUUAAUGCCCUCCUUCUGGCACUGAACUUUGAGCAACGAUCCGCUACUGGAACUUCGGUGGGUUCGAACGUUCGAGACGCGGCGAACUUCGGCAUUUGGGCACUCUCCCGGCGCUACACGACAGAGGAGCUCACCCGAAUCGACACGUCUACAAUUCGUGCAGCAAGUUCGUCUACCCACCAUCUAUCUGUCCUGCAGAUGCUCGCUGUAGAACUUGUCAUUUCCGCGUGCCUCGAUCCAGCAGGCAACAUCCGACGAGGAUCGUCCGCCGCGUUGCAGGAGCUUGUUGGUCGUCAUCCAGACACCGUCAUGGAAGGGAUAUCGGUUGUCCAAACGAUCGAUUUCCAGGCAGUUGGGUUGCAUCAACGUGCUAUGAUUCAAGUUGGAUCGGCUGCAGGCAAACUGAGCGAACUGUACUGGGACGGGUUGUUUACAGGUCUCGUCGAUUGGCGGGGUACGGGAUCAAAUGACGAGAAGUCCCGAGAGAUCGCGGCGCUGGCUUUGGGCUCAUUAGCAAAGGUCAAAGGGAAGGAGGUGCGAAAGGGAAUGCUCGAUGAGGUUCUCGAGAUUCUGGCGAAGUUGAAACCACGCCAGAUCGAGGAAAAGCAUGGUUUGCUCCUUGCCUUUUCCAGCAUCCUAGAAUGCAGCUUGAGGGGAACCGGUCCCCCUACGGAACGCCGACCACAAGCAGUCGAGGGGUUAUCUCAUUUUGCAGAGUACCUGGCUCUCCCCAGCCGGCUGAAAUUUACGGAGAUCGAUUUCUCCUCCCCAGCUCUACGACCACGACUAACCGCUAUUGCCGUCAUCUCUCUAGUCAAGAUUUUGAGCUUGCUCCGAUCAUGGCUGUCAACAAAUACAAGCGACUCAGGCGAUAUGCUGAUUGAACUCUUCAAUCAUUGUCUCCACCGCAACGAUGAAGGUGUUCUCCGAGCGAUCCCAGAAGCAGCAAAGCAACUCUGUCAUUCACUGCCCGAGUCUGAACUCAUUCGGCUUGUAGGGUCAUGGCAUGCUAAGGUCAAAUCGGAGCAUGCCAUGAGUAACCCUAGCUCAGGAUAUAUGCUCGCAAUUGGCUCUUCACUUCAAGACCUCCACAUGAGCCCUCAGGUUUGGACUUCGAUGUUCGAAACUUUACUUGAGGCAGCGCAUCCGCCGCGUAAAAUCGACCAACGAGUUAUCGCUCUAAGAGCUCUGAAUACUUACAUAUCGCCGGAUCUUGUUCCUAGGGUCAGAGCGGAGCCACAGCUAUUUGCUAGAUUACAGGAAACCCUGUUGAAGAGUUUCAAUGACUACACGGUGACCUCUCAAGGAGAUGUCGGCUCGCUUGUCCGCCUUGAAGCACUCCCCAUCUUUGCAAGUAUAUGGUCAUCGGAUAUAGCUCUGGGAACUCACUCGGAAUCAGAAGAGGGGAAUAUGGAGAUACAGUUAUACGCGUCUCUCCUCCGGCUCUCGCUCGAAAAGCUUGACAAGCUUCGCUCUCGAGCCCGCACACUCGUCUCAAGGCCCAGACUCUACUACGCUGCGAUAGAUGACAGACCAGAACUCAUGGAGAAAGAUGUAUCCUCAGAGUCUUACUUCCGCAGCUAUAUCCUCUUCAUGGAAUGUGACGUCCAUCCAUCAAUUCGGCGGGCGGUUCUCGAAGGCAUGAUUUCUUCCGCUGCGCAAGGUUCGGAUGCGGUAGAGCGAACGGCGCGGAUCGCACUGGCCAAGGCUCUUGGUAUCGAAUCUACCUUCCCAAGGGAAACAGCAGAGGGAAGGCUAGAUGAUUUCAGCGUCCUCGAGUUCUUCGACCUUUUCCUCUCCACCCUAAACGACAAUCUCGGCAACCCGCGUCUCCUACCGAGCAUACUGGAGAUUCUUGCCUUCCUACUCGACAUGCGGCUUUUGCACCGGCUUAUCACUCCCCCAGGUGCCUCCGACAAGUCCAAAUCCUCCGACCCUACAACCACCGCGCCCGCAUUCUCUUUCCGCAGGCUCCUCUCGCUGGUUCAAAAAGCACACCAUAAGUCACCCCAACCGGCACUCCAUCUAACAGCCCUGUCGAUCUAUCGCAACCUCGCAGAGGUGCCAGUGAUCCGAGAACUAGUGCUCCAAAAGGUGGUAACCAUGCUGCGACAUCCGGCCGCCGUGGUCCGUACUGGUGCCGCGGAAGUAUUAUGGAUGGUUUUCGAUGACGACGGGUUAGGCAGUAGCAAUGCAGUGGAAGCGAUGAAGCAGAUUGACUGGGGGAGAAGGCCUGCAGAGGUGGUGGAGGAGAGAAGUGCGAUUACAGAUAUGUUGAUGGGGGCAGUUUUGGGCUAGAGAACCCCGCUGCGAUGACAUAGUGAAUGCAUGAAACCGCCGAGUUGAUGGAGUACGGGCAAUGUCGGUUAUGUUUUGGUCGCUUUAUGGGCUUGGUAAGUGGUACGCGAUGCGGGCCAAAGUAUGACCGCUGCCUCAUCUCAUACUAUUAUAUACAGCACAUUGUUAGUAAUAAUUGGAUAGCACUGAACAAUUUCGGACGCUACUCAACGCUCGUACUGCUCGCUUUCCAUAAAAAAAUGGCACGCGAAAUUGAACGGAAG